GAAUACUGAGAAAAUUGACAUAAAUAUCAACGCAAACAUAGACAGGGUGUAUAUGUAAAGGCAUCAUGAGUGAACCACAAUGGAUUCUGACAUUACCAACUCCAUUAAAACAAAAGGUCAAAGCAUCUAUAGCUAAAGAUGCUGGUAAUUUAGAAAUUUUCAACAAUUUAUUUGAAUACUUAUCUGAUCAAUUUGAUACAAAGAGAAGAAAAGUUAGCGAACAACCAGCACCACAGCAACAGCCACAACCAGAACAACUGCAAUCAGAAAAUGGUUCUACUGACAGUUUGGCUAUUCCUGCUGAAUCAAUUAUAUUUGAGAUUGAACAAAUUUCAUUCCAAUCUCCAGUGAGGAAACGAAUGAAUUUAACAUUUCAUUUGAUUGAGCAAGAUGGCAAGCCACAACCAAUACUUUCAAUAGUCAACCCAACUACAAACACACCCGAAGUGUCUAUUCUCAGUUUAAGCCAGACAAUUAAAUUAUGUAUGAUUUUACCCAUUCUUGGAAAUUCAACCAAUCCACAAAAGAAAGGGGUUGUAUUAUUAUGUUUUUGGCAAACAGAUGGCAAUUUUGAUCCAAUAAUUUGUCAAUUGAAUUUAGAUAUUAUUAAAAAACAAAUGAUUAAGCAAGGGAAAUUACCAGCCGAUAUUGAAUCACAGUUUACUUUUGACAAAAAUGCCCUUAACCUUAAUCCAAUUCAAGAAAGAAUUAUUGAUUAUUUCAAGAGACAAUUUAAGUUAUGUGGAAUUGAUAUGAUUAACUAUUUACCUUGUGACUUCUUCAACAACAAGUUCACAUUGAACCAUGAUAAUGCUAUUGCAUUAUCUGUUACAAACACACCCUCAUUAAUCAUGGUUGAAUGUCACAAGGGAGCAAAAGACGGGGUACUUCUUCUCAACUCUUCAUAUUUGAUCUUUGGAUUCAAAAAACCCAUUUUAAUUUUCCAAAUUUCCCAAAUUAAACAAGCAAGUUAUACAAACAUCACCAGAGUUACAUUUAGUGUCAUGUUUAUUGUUGUCACCGAACGAAACGAGGAGAGAACUCUUGAAUUUAGCAUGAUUGAUCAGCAAUUUUUCCAAGUUAUCGACGACUUUAUUAAGUUGAAUAAUAUCAAGGAUGACAGCUAUAAUGAGGAAUUGAAAGAAAAGACCGACACAAAAUCAGAUACAGCUCAAGCAGGAGAUGUGGCAACAACUACAUCCACCGAAAAUAAUAAUGUCAUCAAUGUAGAUGACGAUGACUCGGAAGAAGAUGCCGACUUUCAAGAUGAAGAUGAAAGCGAAGUUGAUGAAGAAUUUGACAGUGAUGCCGGGGCCAACAGUGACAACAACGAAGAUGAAGACGAAGUGUUCAAUAAAGGAAAAGAAGAAGAGGAAGAUCUUGUAUAACUUUGUAUAUUAUUUUGUAGAAUACAUAAAAGAAACCCAGU